GCGGAAAAGAAAAUAUGUAAAAUCAAGUCGAGAAGACGCCAACGAAGAUUUAUUUUUUUAUAACUAAUAUGGAAAAGAAAAAAAAAACCUACGGAGGAGACAAGCAAAGGCAUCAUCAUCAAUCGCCGCCUGUAAGGUUUAGCUUCGAUCAAUUCUUGCAUCACUGUUUCUUCAUCGAUUUCUCAUCUUCUCUGUGAAGGCGUUUUCUCCCCGUUUAUUUCGUUGAAUUCGAAUCUGGAUUUGUAGUUCAAUCGAUAUCUACUAAGAAUCUGAAGCUUUUCUCUUUCUCGAAUUUGAUGAGUCUUAAUGAUAGUGAUGAUGUUCUUGAUUCUAUAGAGUAGAGAGAUUGAUGAUCGUGUAGAGAAAGCUUGAACCUUUAAGGUGACCACCACUAGUGGUGGUGAUGGGUUCAAUGGAUCAUCUUCCAGACGAGGUUCUUAUCAAAAUCUUGUCUUCUCUUCCAACAAAAGAAGCUGUUUCAACCUCUGCUCUCUCCAAGAGGUGGAGGACUCUGUUUUCUUACAAUCUUAGUCUUGACUUUAACAACUCAACCAUCCUUUUGCAAUCCCGAAAGCGUAAACAUAAAAUGCGCAGUACCGCAGAGAGUUUCCGGGAUUUCGUUGAUAAAACAUUGGCUUUACAAAGUGGUAACCCUAUGAAGUCCUUCUCACUGAAUUUCAAAGAAACACUUGGAGAUGAAAACAGUGUGGCUGAUGUUAAUCGCUGGAUACUUCAUGCCCUUAAACACGGUGUCUCUGAGCUCCAUCUACGGAUAGGUACUAAGAAGCGGAGUUAUUUUCCAACCGAAAUCUUCACCAGCACCACACUGGUUAAGCUGUCAUUGGUAGCACAAUGUUACACCUCUUUCCUUCCUUUGAAUAUAUCACUCCCAGCACUAAAGGUUCUCUUCCUUGAUUCAAGUUGGUUUGACUCUACUCGUUUUGGUAAUGCGCUUAUCCCUGCUUGCCCUGUACUUGAGGACUUCACCAUUUAUCAAAAAGCUCGUUCAAUAGGAAUGCCAUACGCCAUAUCCAGCAAAAGCAUUAAAAGACUCUCAGUUACCUAUAACUGUCCUUUAUUUGUUGCUUAUGGCAUUGAAUUAUUUAACACACCCGGUGUUGUCGACCUUUACUACUCUGACCAUGUUCGGCAUUGUUAUCCAAAUUGUCAUUUGGAGUCAGUUGCCAAAGCUACACUGGACAUUCAUUUCUUAGAUGAUAAUGCUGCGGAUGUCACAGAGCUCCUCACUGGGAUAUGCAAUGUCAAGAGCCUUCACUUGACUUCUUCUACUGUCGAGGUGAUUUUGCUAUGCUGCAAGGGUGGAAUACCAACGUUCGAGAACCUCGUUAAGUUGGAGUUUUCGGGUAGAACACGAAAGUGGAAAUUUCUUCUGCCACUUCUACUAGAGUGUUGUCCAAACCUAAAAACUCUGGUUCUCUCGGGUCUGGAUCAAAAUUGGUUAGAGGCGAUUCAUAUUCCUCCGAAUAAUCAAGUAAAGAUGCUGCGUAUCAUGAACUAUCGCGGAACUACGCGCGAGCUGAAGUUCAUGAGCCAUUUCUUAGCGAGGAUGGAGUGUCUUGAAGCUGUGAAAAUUCAUGUUGCACCUCGGGUGGAUGACUCCAAAAAGGAGCAACUCACAGAAGAUCUGUUGAAGCUUCCCACCACAACUUCAUCCAGUCUCAAUGUUCAAGUCAUGUGAUGAUCAUCAUCCAUAAGUUAUUGUUAUUUCUUCAAACAUCAAAUAUUUUGUUUUUAGUGAUUUAUGAUUUAUUAUUGAGAACAAAGAAAAAAAAACAAUUUAUUAGUUACCAUGUUUAGGGGUUGCUGAGGUAUAUUGCUUUGUAAGAUAUGGCUUCUUCAACCACUGUGGUUUCUAUUAUGAGUAACUUUAAAAGUUUGUAAUCUUGUAUUCUCCAGCAACUUUGGCAAUGGCUUUUAUGUUA